UGGGCCGCCUGGCCGGGAUUGCCCUGGCCGCCGCCGCGCCUGGGUCCCGAGCGCACCGCGGCCGCCGGGCUGCCAGUCCCGGACCCAGCGAGGACCACCAGCGACCAUGCAGUGCCUGGGCGCCGAGUACCUGGUUUCUGCAGAGAGAUCACCCAGGCAAAGGGAGUGGCGACCCCAGAUUUAUAGGAAAUGCACAGACACCGUGUGGCUGGUCCUGUUCUUUCUCUUUUGGACUGGUUUGGUGUUCAUCAUGGGCUACUCGGUGGUGGCUGGAGCUGUAGGAAGACUCCUCUUCGGCUAUGACAGCUUUGGCAAUGUGUGUGGCAAGAGGAACUUCCCAGUGGAAGGGGCCCCUCUCUCAGGGCAGGACAUGACUCAAAAAAAACAUGUGUUCUUCAUGAAUUCCUGCAACCUGGAAGUCAAAGAUAGGUGGCUCAGUUCCACAGCCCUCUGCGUCUCCAGUUGUCCCGAGGAGCAGCUCAACACCCUGGAAGAGGUCCAGCUCUUCGCCAACACUAGUGGGUCUUUCCUGUGUGUGUAUAGUUUGAGUUCCUUCAACUAUACCCAGAGUCCAAAUGCAGACACCUUGUGUCCCAGGCUACCAGUUCCUCCGAGCAAAUCUUUUCCCUUAUUUAACCGGUGCAUCCCUCAGACACCCGAAUGCUAUUCCUUAUUUGCAUCAGUGUUGAUAAAUGACGCUGACAACCUCCAUCGAAUUCUAAGUGGAAUAAUGUCAGGAAGAGACACCAUCCUUGGUUUGUGUACCCUUGCCUUAGCCUUGUCUCUGGCCUUGAUGUUCACCUACCGAUUCAUCACCACUCUUCUGGUUCACAUUAUUAUUUCGUUGGUUAUUUUAGGAUUGCUGUUUGUCUGUGGAGUCUUAUGGUGGCUGUAUUAUGACUAUACCAACGACCUCAGCAUAGAAUUGGACACAGAGAGGCAGAAUAUGAAGUGUGUGCUGGCCUUUGCCAUUGUCACCACAGUCAUCACGGCUAUUCUACUCGUCUUGAUUUUUGUCCUCAGAAAGAGAAUGAAAUUGACAGUUGACCUUUUCCAAGUCACAAAUAAAGCCAUCAGCAGCUGUCCUUUCCUGCUGUUCCAGCCACUGUGGACAUUCGCCAUCCUCAUUUUCUUCUGGGUCCUCUGGGUGGCUGUGCUGCUGAGCCUGGGAACUGCUGGCACCGCCCAGGUUAUGGAAGGAGGUCAAGUGGACUAUAAGCCUCUUUCAGGCAUUCGAUAUAUGUGGUGGUACCAUUUAAUUGGCCUUGUCUGGACUAGUGAGUUCAUCCUUGCGUGCCAGCGGACCACGACAGCCGGAGCUGUGGUUACUUGCUAUUUCACUAGGAAUAAAAACGACCCUCCAGCCCGUCCAAUCCUCUCCUCUCUCUCCACACUCUUCUUCUACCAUCAAGGAACCAUGGUGAAAGGGUCGUUUUUAAUCACCUUAACAAGGAUCCCGAGAGUCAUUCUCCUACACCUUUAUAACACUUUGAAAGAGAAGCACAGUACGUGGUCGAGAGGUGCCUUCAGAUGCUGCUACUGUGGGUUCUGGUGUCUCGACAGAUACCUCCACCAUCUCAACCAGAAUGCAUAUGCUGCGACUGCCAUAAAUGGGACUGAUUUUUGCACAUCAGCAAAAGAUGCACUCAAAAUCAUGUCCAAGAAUUCAAGUCACUUCACAUCUCUUAACUGCUUUGGAAAUUUCAUCAUUUUCCUAGGAAAGGUGCUGGUGCUGUGCUUCACUGUGUUUGGGGGACUGAUGGCAUUUAACUACAACCGUGCACUCCAGGUGUGGGCUGUCCCUCUGUUGCUGGUUGCCUUUCUUGCCUACUUAGUGGCUCACAGUUUCUUAUCUGUGUUUGAAACUGUGCUGGAUACACUUUUCUUGUGUUUUGCUGUGGAUCUGGAAACAAAUGAUGGAUCGCCAGAGAAGCCCUAUUUUAUGGACCAAGAGUUUUUGAGUUUUGUAAAACGGAUCAACAGAUUUAACAAUGCAAGAUCCCCAGGAGGCAAGGAUUCAUUACAGAAUCAAGAGGGGGCAGAACUCCAGCCCAUUGUGAGAUAGGGGCCCAGAGAACUGGCACCUGGGGAACCUGAUGGUGGCUUGACCGUGCUACAGCUCGGGAACCAUAGGAGUUCACAACUUUCUUCACACGAACUAGAAUAAGGAAAACACGUUUAAAACUAUAGAACAAUUUUAAGAGCACAACAUAGCUGGGCACGGUGGUAAACACCUCUAGUUUGAGCAAUUGGGAGGCUGGAGCCAGAGGACGAGUAGUAUAAAACCAGCUUGGGCUACAUAGGGAGCCUGAGGCCAGUCUGAAUGUUACAUAGUGAGAACUUGUCUCAAAACCUCAAAAACAGGGCUGGCGCCAGGCACGGUUACACACACCUUUAACCCCAGCACUUGGGAGGCAGAGGCAGGCAGAGCUCUGUGAAAACAAGCCCAGCCUGGUCCACACAGCAAGUUGCAGGCCAGAUGAGGCCUACAGAGAGA